AUGAAGAACAUGACACUGCGAGACAUGCCAUGGUUCCCCGGAGUAACCGAUCCAGACCAUGUCAUAUUCAAUUACAUGGUGGACACAGCAGCAAGGUUUGAUAAGGCUGCUGCAAUGGUCAUUCACCCUUUUGAAGCACUUGAGCCAGAUGGUGUGGACGAGAUAGCUUCUAAUGAAUUCUCCAUGAUACCUCCUGCGGUCUGUUUGGCCGUCCCGGCCCAGAGCCACAUCGGUGCAAUGCUCAAACUCGUGACACUCCUCCACCACAGAGGCCUCUGCAUCACUUUCGUCAAUACGGAGUUCAACCACAGGCGCAUGCUCAAUGCUGAAGGCCCGAGGUUUCUAGGCGAUCUCCCUGCCGGAUUCCAGUUUGUGGCAAUACCAGCUGGGCUCCGACCAUCACAGGCCAACGCCACGCAGGAUGUAGUCUCCCUGUGCGAGUCCGCCAGCCUGUGCCCUGAUAUGGGGAUCAUGCAUUAUCCUAAGCUCAAGGAAAAAGGUUUAACGCCACUGAAGGUUUUACGCAUGCUCGGAUUGAGAGGUUGGACUAGAGAUCGGAAGCGAGACGAAGUGGAGAGGCUAGUGAAGGAAUUGAUGGAAGGAGAGAAGGGAAAGCGAAUGAAGAAAAGGCAAUGGAGUGGAAGCAAAUAG